UUUUCUUUCUGUAUAAUAGGCCACCACCUCUUCCCUCAUAUUCUCCGUAAGUAGUAUAGUAGUAUAUGUAUUUUUGGCUUUUUUGUUUCCACCCACCAUUUCAUUGUCAUCUCAUCCUUCAACUCCCCAUCCACCCACACGUCCUCCCUUUCGUGGUCUUCUGUUAAACUCGAUCUGUCGCUUCACUUGUUUCUCUUUCAAAGGUUACUGAAGGACUAGGUGCGGGUCUCUGCACUCUGCAGUUCCUUCUUAGACUCACUUGUGGAUUGUGAAUAGAGUAUAACAUAGCCCUAAUGCAAGGGCAACGAAGUACCAUCGGUUCAUUUUCAGAAACUUUAGAUUUUGGUUCUACUUCAACAUCGGGUGAUGGUAUAGAUCAGCAGAUGUGUUGGAAUAGUCGUGUACCAGAUUAUGUGGUAUCACCUAAUGAGAAUAAUAUUUCUUUUCUUAAUCCUAUGAGCCAAGAGAGACAGAACAUAAUGGGGUGGGGUUUAGGAGAACCGAGCUCCACAAAUCAUGCUGGUCAGAGUGAACGGAAAAGAGAUCAUGGUUGGUCAUCUACUACGAAUGCAUGUCCUGAGCCUUCUCACUUCUCUGACGGACAUCAAUAUGGGUCGCCCAACAUUCUUUCAUUGAGUAAUGUAGAAGUAAAUUUGAACAGUGUUCAGACGGCUAACAGCAGUAUAUUCUCUCAAGGUUCUAGUCCAACUACCCUUCCUCAUGAUAUCAACACAAAUUCAGGGUUUGAGGGGCACCAUGGUGAUGAUGACAGUGAAGAUGACUGUCAAAUAAUGGAAUGUACUCCAGCAUACAAGUCUGAUUUACCAGGAAAAGAGCGGAUGUCAUCUGCUACUACUUGUCAUACUUUUGCUGGGCCUUCUGGUACUAAUGGAUUCUUGAUAGAUGAAAAUGAUGGCAGGCCAGGCUCUGCGUUGGAUGGUCGUCGCUUAUCUUGCAAGAGAAAAGCACUUGAAGGACAUCCGGGCCAAUCUUCAGCAAGUGGAAGUAGAAAUUAUAUUCCACAUGCCGAAAACAGCUUAUGGCAUUCUCUACCUUCUCCACAUAGUAUGGGCACAGGUGCAAGUAUCUGUGCUCCAACAGAAGGGAGCAGAAGCAUCAAUUCGUCGGAGCAGCUUAACCCAAGACUUGGGCUUUCAAUGGGAGGACCCACUUCAGAAAGUCCACUUCGUUUACCUGCUUCUGGAAUUGCCGAAAGUUCCAGUAAUACUUUCAGGCUGAGGGUUAAUAGCUCACAUCAACAAGAUACCAUUCCCAGUAACCUGUUUCCUGCUGUGGCUGAUGCUGGAAAUGUUAAUGUGUCAUCUGACUGGCACUCAUCAAGGGUCUUCCAUAAUAGUUCUUUGAAUUUGAUGUCUAUGUCUGCCGCAGAUAAUGUAAAUCCUCAAAGCCAGGCCCCGGUGGUCCAUGUUCCUUCUCUGCAUCAAAGUUCACAGGCUAGGUGGGAUUUAGCACCUAACUCGAGAUCUAGCAGUUCAUCAAGCUUUUCUGCAUCUAGAGAGAGAGACUCUGCACCAUAUCAAGAAUCCCACUCAAGAAGUUUGUCAAGGAACAUUUCACAACAUCCAAUGUUUAUGCCUGCUACUGAUGCAAGAAAUCUGAACCAAAAUCCUGUCAACUGGAGUUUAGCUGGUGGUGGGAAUAUUUCCAGUGUUGGAAAUGCUGCAUCCACAUCUCGAAGUAGCUCGAGUUCACGCUCCAACUUGUCUUCUCCUUCUUGGGUUCAACACAGAAAUCCUCCACAAUAUUCCCGGAGACUGUCUGAAUAUGUCCGAAGGUCUUUGUUGUCUUCAGCAGAUGCUGAACCUGGAGGUCGUAGUGGUAGUAGUCCUUCACUAUGUCUGAGUGCUGCCUCUCGGGCGUUGGAACUGUCUGGCAAUCGUGGACAUCGUCAAUCAAGGUCAAGGUCCACAGCAUUGUCGGAGAGACAUCUUGAUGGUGGUAUAGGAGUUUCUCAUUCUAGAAGAACUUUGGCUGCUGCCAGUGAAGGAAGAAGCAGGCUAGUCUCUGAGAUUCGCAAUGUAUUGGAUCUUAUGCGCAGGGGAGAAGGCUUACAACUUGAGGAUGUUAUGAUCCUUGAUCAGUCAGUCUUCUUUGGAAUGGCGGAUAUUCAUGAUCGCCAUAGGGAUAUGCGGGUUGACGUUGAUAACAUGUCGUAUGAGGAGUUACUGGCACUUGAAGAGCGCAUUGGGAAUGUGUGCACUGGACUGAGCGAAGAAGCUAUUUUGAGCCAGUUGAAGCAACACAACUAUAUUUGCGUUAAAUCAGAAGAACCCGUCGAUGCAGAGCCAUGCUGUAUAUGUCAGGAAGAAUAUAAUGAUGGAGAGGAUCUUGGUACACUGGAGUGUGGCCAUGAUUUUCAUAGAGACUGCAUUAAACAAUGGCUCAAACACAAGAAUAUAUGCCCCAUUUGCAAAACAACAGGGCUGAAUGCCUGAGGAAGGCGUUGAACUUGUUCUCUUCUUUAAGAAAGUCUUCCUGAUGCCCACCCAAGAAUGGCGCCACAAAGUGGUUUCCGUGGCAUCAUUGGAGAAAGAUAUUUGUAUUUUUCUCUGUUUAUUUUAUUCUGAUAUUAAUCUGGUGGAUUUAGCACUAGCAUCAUAGUCAUUCAUUUAGGAAAGAAUUACAUUAUUGCUCAUUUGGAAUUUACAGUUUCCCUACCAAUUUAUUGACACAAUUGGUAUUUAUUUGGUU